AAUAGGAGCAAAAGAUUAAUUAAAUUGAAAGAAUUACUUUACUAAAGUCAAAGAACUAACUGGGUAGGAGCGAAGAUUUGGUGAAAAAAGAAGAAUGAGAAGGACAAGACAUGUCUUGUAAGGUGUGACUUAUGAUUCGUUAAGCCAAGGUAAGGUAAGGGGACACACACAGAAACAAGAAGGGGGAAGAAAGAAAAAGAAAGAUGCUUCCACUAAAGCUGGUUCGUUCUCUGGUCUUAGGGGAAACCAUCAACCACAACCCUCAUCACAUGCUAACCCAAAAUCACCACCAUUACCACACCCAUUAUCACGAAGAUACUGAUGUUCAUGAUGAAGCCCGUGCCACAUCCCAACCCCACCAUCGUAGAAGAAGGAGAAGAAGAACAAGAACAACAAGGUACAAAAUCCCAGCUUUGAUUUUUCUCCCAACAAAAGAGAUCAUUAGAGACACAUAUAGGCUUGCUACCAUUGCAAGGGACUUGGGUUUCGAUUUGUACCCUACACCCUCACUUUCUCACAUCAUCUUCUCCAACCCAUCAUCACCAUCAUCAUCAUCAUCAUCAUCCAAACCCUCAUCAUUAUCUUUCUCUUCUUCUUCCUGCUCCCUCCAAAGCGAUGCCGUUCCCAUUCCCUUCCCUUCCCUCUCCGCAACCCCACUCACCCAUCUUCGCUGCUUCCUCACGCUCUCCCCACGCGCCUUCAAGAUCGUCCUUUUCAGCUCCCACCCUGACGCAGCCGCUGCCGCCGGAAACGCCGGCAACUGGGACUGCGACUCUUUCUCUCUCUACUCGCGGGACCUCAGCCAUCGGGUCGGCACCAUGGAGGAGUUUUGUCGGAUUCUUGCUGGCAAAGGUUGGAGCUUUUAUAAAACCAAGAAAAACCCUUCUUCCGACCAGCGGCGCGGCGGCGCUUUUUACCUUUUCAGAAGGGUGGAGAUGAACCGGGUUCGGCUUGGAGCACCGGUGGAUGGGGCAUGCAGAGUGAGGGAAUUGAGGCUGCCAUACUUGGAUUUUGGAAACGCUCCGUUGAGGAUUUUGCAGUAUAUUUUGUUGAUGACUGAUAAUAUCUUCUGUUUGGCAUGACAUGUUCGUAAGUGUUCUAUUACUUUUUUUUUUCUUUUUAGAUUUUACUAGUUUUUUUUAAAAGAUUUUAGUUUUCAUGAAUUUUUUUUGUGAGAAAUCACCCGACUUUUACAGUUACUAUAAAAGUCAGCCAUUUAUCAUGUAUGGCAAUUUUUGUGAUUCGGAUGAUUCAUGAUGGGUUCAAUGUGUAAUGUGUACUACAUUCUGAUUAAAAAAUUUUCAAAAAGAAAAAGAAAAUGCUGUGUUGAAUGCUUUGACUUUGAGGGUUGUUAGAUGAUGAUAAGAGAUGGGCAACGAAAAGGGCUCAUGUGGUUUGGUCUUGUAAUGGGUGGUGUUGGAAGAGAUGUUCAAUGAAGCUUAGGAAUGAACCCUUCGUGAUGUUGGAAGGGGCAUCAUCACUCAGCAGAUCUGGAAUAUGGUGUGUUGCCACCUCUGUAUAGUCAUGUAUGGAUGCAGUUACAGCUGAUUAAAGGUUAUGCAAGUUUCUAAGCUAGUGUUACCUUAAGACCUACAACUCCAUAUAUUCAUAUCCCUCUAUGCUUCUUUAGCCAAAAAGAUGUAGCACAUUUCAAUAACUAAAGUGUCUAAAACUUGAUAAUACCAUUUCUUCUGUCGAAUUGGUGUGAAAUUCUAACCAUUCAUUUCAACAAAAGCUUAUAUGCAAUGACAGAAUUUGUUGUUUC